GCACUGAUGGGCCGUAGGGCAUCCCGGCAGGCACCCGUGCUCUUCCGCCCAAAACCCACCCAGGUCCGCAGUUCUUCCCCGGAGGCGACCAUGGCGGCGGCGGCGGCGGGAAGUGAUUUGUUGGUGGUUCGCCUGCCUUCUCCCUCGGCGGAGGACCCCCUGCACCAUGAUAAGAAGAAAUUAUUGGAGGCUAGGAAACUAUCCUGUACAUUUCAAGUCCCAAUCUCUUCGUCCCCUGUUGACGCCUGCAAAUUACUUGACCAGAUGAUCCAUGCUGCUAGGGUCGCUCAUAUGGAUGAGCUGGAGCUUUAUUUUGCUGGGGGUGAUGAUUAUGGCCCAUUCUCUGCACGGAAUGAGCUUGAGUCCCUGAAUCUGCUUCUCAAAACCAUCAACACAUUGCUUGUAGCUGCCAAUGAUGGCGCCAAGGGAGUAUUGCAAUUACUAGUGGAUGAGAUAGUUGUUAGGCUCAGAUCUGUGGGAUUGACAGAUAAGCUUCAGAUGGCACUUCAAACAGAGAACCAUGAAAUUGAGGAUUCUCUUCUUAAAUGGGGGGAGCAACAUGGUGUUAAAAGUAAAUUGCAGAUAGCAUUUUUUGAAGGAGCUGGGAGAGGAAUGCUAGCAUCUGAAGAUCUAGGUGUGGAUGACAUUGCACUUGAAAUUCCAGAGUCCCUUAUCAUAUCUGAGGAACUUCUCUGCCAGUCUGAUAUGUUUCUUGCGUUGAAAGAUGUGAAUAGCAUCAGCACUGAAACUAUGCUAUUGUUGUGGAGCAUGAGAGAGCGGCAUAAUCCAUCUUCAAUGUUUAAGAUGUUCUUUGAGACACUUCCGUCAAAUUUCAAUACAGGCUUGAGUUUCGGAAUUGAUGCACUUGCUGCACUAGAAGGUACCCUACUUUUUGACGAGUUAAUGCAAGCUAGGCAGCAUUUGCGCCAGCAGUACGAUGAGUUAUUCCCAAUGCUAUCCACCAAGUUUCCUGAGAUAUUCAAACAAGACAUAUUCUCGUGGGACAAUUUUCUGUGGGCAUGUGAAUUAUGGUAUUCUAACAGUAUGAUGGUUGUUUUAAGUAGCGGGAAAUUAACGACUUGCUUGAUUCCUGUUGCUGGACUUAUGAACCACUCGGUGACUCCACACAUUCUUAACUAUGGCCGAGUAGAUCAAGCUACAAAGUCUUUGAAGUUUCCUUUGUCGAGACCUUGUGAAGCAGGGGCCCAAUGUUUCCUCAGUUAUGGGAAACAUCCAGGGUCACAUCUAAUUACCUUCUAUGGUUUCCUACCAAGAGAAGACAACCCUUACGAUGUUAUACCUUUGGAUCUUGAUACGUCUGUUCACGAGGAGGAUGGAACCGCCCAGUCUGUGAGUACAAGUGUAACCACUCAUAUGGUUCGUGGGACAUGGUUGUGCAGAUCACGAGGACCUCCAACAUAUGGCCUGCCUCCACCCUUGUUGUCUCAUCUCCGUGCUGCUCUAAACUGUGAUCACAAUGAAUCUACACCAGAGGCUGAUAUCAAGGAAAAUGACAGGAUGGUGCUGGAAACACUCGUUAGCAUAUUUACUCCGAUGCUUGAAGGGUUAGGCGAGGCAGACGACUACAACCGGGAGAGUGCGAGUUGGGACGUUGUGCUAGCGCUGGACUACAAGGAUCUUCAGAGAAGGAUAAUUUCGUCCAUUGUUACUUCUUGUGGCUCAGGAUUGGCAAUGCUUGAUUCCUAGCUGGAAGUGUUUCUUUCAUCACUAAUUAAAUAAGCGAAGGCCACACUGGAACAAGAUGUAGGUUGGGAAUCCCUUCCUUAGCUGACAUGCGGAUGGCGAUGAAGCUGUUGCACAUGGGAAGUACUUAGUUGCAGGCAAUUUUCCCUGGUGGAUCAGGAUCCAAGGACUGGCACGCAAGACACAUGCCCCCCUAAGGCUGUGUUUGGUUGAGAGGGAUUUGGCAGGGAUUGAAGUGGAUUUAAUCCCCUACAAGUCAAAACCCCCUCAAAUCCCCUCCAAUCCUCUUGUGGAGGGGUGUAACCGAACAAGGCCUAACUGAAGAUGCUCCAAUUCAGGCAUCAGUUUGAUCCAGCAAUUACGUGGGUGAAUUUCAGGCAUCAGUUUGUGGCUUGAAAUUCAGGCUGGCUGCUCCAGAUUGUUUAAUUCGAACUUUAUUUUGCUAGAAGAAAGCGACCUUUAUCGUGACGGAGCGAUAUCGCUGAUCUAUAAAGCUGACUGUUGAACUUGA